CAUCUUCGUCAUUUUAAUUAAAUUUCCUAGAAUCUUCCUUACCAUGAUCAUCACCAUCUUAUGAAGUAGAUCUGUUUUUUUUUCUUCCCUUUUUUACCUUCAUUUUCUUCUUCUUUAUCUUUCUUGAUUUUGUUUCCUUCUUAGAUAGAUACGAUGCCUAAACAAAGCUAUAGAUAUGAUGUGUUCAUCAGUUUCAGAGGUUGUGACACACGCAACACCUUUGUUGAUCAUCUCUACGCUCAUCUCAAUAGAAAAGGUAUUUUCACUUUCAAAGAUGACGCACAGCUCAACAAAGGUCAUUCUAUUUCAUCUCAACUUAAACUUGCAAUUCAACAAUCUCGAAUUUCUAUCAUUAUCUUCUCAAAAGAUUAUGCUUCAUCAACAUGGUGUUUGGAUGAAAUGGCUACUAUUGCUGAUUGCCAUACCCAAUCCAAACAAAUUGUUUUCCCUGUUUUCUAUGAUGUUGAUCCAUCUCAUGUACGAAAACACAAGGGGUUUUAUGAGAAUGCCUUUGUUUUACACACACAACAACAACAAUCCCAAAACAAGGUUGAUUGUUGGAAGAAUGCUAUGACCUGUUUGGCUGGAUCAGCUGGUUGGGAUGUCAGGAAUAAGCCUGAGUUUGAAGAGAUUGAAAAAAUUGUUCAAGGUGUAAUAAAUUCACUGGGUCAUAAAUUCUCCGGUUUUGUUGAUGAUCUUAUUGGAAUACAACCUCGUGUAGAAGCCUUAGAAAGGAUUUUGAAGUUAAGGUCAGGAGAUUGUGGUUUUCGUGUUUUAGGAAUACGGGGGAUGGGAGGGAUAGGAAAGACAACUCUUGCGACUGUCUUGUAUGACCGAAUCUCAUAUCAGUUUCAAGCUUCUUGCUUUAUUGAGAAUGUUAGCAAAAUUUAUAAAGAUGGUGGUUGUGUUGCUGUGCAGAAACAAAUUAUUUGUCAAACUUUAAGAGAAAAGAAUCUAGAAACUUAUAGUCCUUCUGAAAUAUCCGGGAUUAUAAGAAGUAGAUUACACAACAUAAAGGUCCUUGUAGUUCUUGACGAUAUUGAUCAAAUUGAGCAAUUACAAGAAUUGCAUAUAAAUCCCAAAUUGCUUUGCGGAGGAAGUAGAAUAAUCAUAACCACUAGAGAUGAGCAUAUUCUUAAAGAGUAUGGGGCAGAUGAAGUUUACGAGGCUCAAUUGAUGAGUGAUGGUGAAGCUCUUGACCUUCUGCAUAGAAAAGCCUUCAAAAGUGAUAAUUCAAGCAGUGCUUUUUCGGAGCUGAUUCCUCAGGUACUAAAAUAUGCCCAAUGUCUUCCAUUAGCAAUAAGAGUAAUUGGUUCUUUCUUAUGUACCCGAAAUGCCACUCAGUGGAGAGCUUCCUUGGAUGGAUUGCGGAAUAAUCCAUUGGGCAAUAGAGUUAUGAAAGUGCUUCAGAUAAGUUUUGAGGGACUAGAGGCAAGAGAGAAAGAAAUAUUUCUGCAUAUUGCUUGUUUCUUUAAAGGAGAGAAGGUGGAUUAUGUGAGGGGAAUUCUAGAUGCUUGUGGAUUGCACCCUGAUAUUGGAAUUCCACUUAUUGUUGAAAAAUCGCUCAUAACAAUAAGAAGCUCGGAAAUUCAUAUGCAUGGAAUGUUGCAAGAGUUGGGGAAGCAAAUUGUUCAGGGACAACAUCCCUACGACCCAGAGUUCUGGAAUAGAUUGUGGCUUUACCGUGAUUUCCAUCGCGUGGCAAUGACAGAAAUGAAAGCACCAACUAAAGCCAUAGUUCUAGAUCAAAAGGAAGAUGGCUUCGAAUUCAAUCAGUUGAAGGCUGAAGAUCUAUCAAAAUUCGGGCACCUGAAACUGCUUAUAUUGUGUCAAAAGAAUUUUUCAGGGGAGCCUGUAUUUCUUUCUAAUUCCCUAUGUUAUCUUUCGUGGAAUGGUUAUCCUUUCACUUCUUUGCCGUCAAAUAUUCAGCUACAUGACCUCGUUGAAUUGAAUAUGCCUGGCAGCCAGAUCAAACAGUUGUGGGAAGGCAAUCAGCGUCUACCUUGUUUGAAAAGGAUGGAUCUGAGCAACUCCAAAAAUCUCACGGUAACUCCAAAUUUGGAAGGGAUCCAAAAUCUUGAGCGGAUAGAUUUUACAGGAUGCAUAAACCUGUUGCAUGUGCAUCCAUCAGUUGGACUUCUUACGGAACUUGUAUUCUUGAGUUUGCAGAACUGUACCCGUCUGACCAGCCUUGAUUUCGGCAGUGUAUCAAGAGUAUGGUCUCUCAGAGUUCUGCGUCUCUCUGGCUGCAUAGGAUUGGCAAAGACUCCAGAUUUCACGGGAGCUUCAAAUCUUGAGUACCUUGAUAUGGAUCAAUGUAGAAGUUUAUCUAAGAUCCAUAAAUCUAUCGGAGCUCUUGCAAAGCUUAGAUUCUUAAGUUUGAGAGACUGCACAAAGUUGUCUCCAAAUCCUAACAUCUUUGAUAAUAUGACAUCUCUUACGUCUCUGGAUCUACGUGGCUGCUGGAGGUUUUCAACUCUGCCCCUGCCAAACACCACCCUUAAUCCCCCUUCUCCUCUGGAAUCAUUGAUUUUCCUGGACUUAAGCUUUUGCAAUAUUUCGGUAGUACCUGAUUCUAUUGGAGACUUAAAGAGUUUAGAAAGACUAAAUUUACAGGGAAAUAGGUUUAGUACACUUCCUUCUACAUUCAAGAGGCUUUCCAAUCUAGCAUAUUUAAACUUGUCACACUGUCACGAACUUAGAAGAUUGCCAAAGCUCUCAUCCAAGAGUGGCCAAUCAGAUUCACUGGGAAGGUAUUUUAAAACAACAUCUGGAUCGCGUGAUCAUAGGUCUGGAUUAUAUGUUUAUGACUGUCCCAGGAUAACUGAACGGUUGUUCUCUUGUGACGAUCCAGGCAUUCCGUUUAAAUGGCUAAAAAGACUAUUUAAGGAGCCUCGUCAUUUCCGAUGUGGCUUUGACAUUGUUCUUCCUUUGCAUCGUAAAUAUGUUGAUUCACUUGGAAACCCUUCGAUUCCACAGUGGUUCGAUCACAAGUUUGAGGAAGGUUCAAUAAUAAGGAUAAAUAACUCUAAUAUGCAAGUUGAUUGGGCCGGCUUUGCCUUUUGUGUGGCAUUUCAAGUAGAUAUCUGCCAUGCAGUAUCUGGUUCUAAACAUCGCCGUUUUCAUUCGCCACUGCCAAUUCCUUUUUGUCUUUCUUUUCAAAGUGAACAUACAGAAGAACGCUUUGAUAUGCCGCUUAGUUUGGAACGAAAUAAGGUGCCUGGCUCAAAUUAUAUUUGGGCAAUCUAUAUCUCUCGUGAACACUGCCAUUUUGUGAAAACAGGAGCAAGAAUCGCAUUUAAAGCUGACAGAGGUUUGAUCUUGAAGAAAUGGGGGUUCCGUGUGCUAACCAAGGAGGGCGUAGAAAGGACACCGAGAACACAACUUCCUUUGUUGUCCAUUGAGAAUGUAGAUGAAAGAAUCAACAGAUUUGAGCCUAAAAUCAAGCUUCCUUACAAUUGGUCAGUUUCCACCGAAGAUGAAGUUGAGAAUGAUGAAGUCAAAGGGAAAGAAACCAACCUCUUUAAUCUAGGCCUUUUGACAGGCCAACCACACUGAUAACACAGUAUUUUCUCUGUUCCUAUUGAAAUUAUCUCUUUAAGCAGUGAUACAAUAGUAAUUAAUGAUUAAUUACAAUCGUUAUGCAUCAAACUCUGGUAAACCAUGUUUAUCUAAUAAUCUCGCUUUAAUUAAAAUGUUGACAUAUGUUUCUUGAUUUAAUUAUUGUUCAAUUCAGUCACUCCUCAGUCCCAUAUAAGAUGUAAAAUGCAAAACUACAUUUCAAAUUUGCUAUCUUGCAUAUUGUUAGUGUUAUUUCAAAGAUUGACAGAUUAUUCUCUUUCCAAGGGAUGCACAACCUACCCUUCCUAAAACAUAUGAAAAUUUGGUCGAAUACGAGUAAAUCACACAGCUAAGUAAGUAGAAAAUCACAGUUAAAAUCUUAUCUGAUAUACUCUAAGUACAAAAUCUAGAUGCAGUGCUUACUGUGAGAGAUAGAAUCCAGUGACAGCCUGUUUUUGAUAGCAAGAGCCAAGUAAGGACACAUUAAAGUAUAAAAGAUUAAGAUCUACUGAUAUAUGCAUUAGCUAACUCUACUUUAUGCUAAAAUUUCAUUUUAGUUAAAAGAAGAGUGCUAAGGAUCAAGAUCCUCCUAGCUACUUUGUCAUAAGAUAAGAGCUCUUAUUGUUUUAUUUUCUAACAAUCAAAUAUCUUAAGUUAUUAGAUUAAGUCAUAAAAUCUGUCGUAUAUCUAACAUAUACAUACAAAAUGAUAUUAAUAUGUACAUAUGAGUUUUAACUGAACCAUUUCCUUUCUGAAUACAAAAUGAUUUAACAUCUUCCAUCUCGGGUCUAUUUCCACAUAUUGACGAGAAACCCCAAGAGGAGCACUACUCAAUUGCAAUAGAAAACAUAUUCUUCUUUGGCUUUAGCCCCGGAAUUAUUUGGAUGAAGAGGAAUUAAUAUUCCACCCUCCAAAUUAAACAUGGCACCCUCUAGAAUAUUUGGCAGCUGGUUUGGCUACACAAUAAUUAUUGUGGUUGAGAAGAAUAUUUGAAGAUAUCGGAGAAAAGCAAGAAGAAAGUCUGCCGCUUCACUGUGACAAUAAAUCAACAAUAGCCAUGGCGAAGAAUCCUGUUUUUCACAGUCGAACAAGACAUAUUAAUAUAAAGCACCACUUCAUUCGAAGUGUGAUCGAAGAUGGUGAUGUGUAGUUAGUGUUUUGCAGUUCACAAGAGCAACUUGCAGACAUUUUUACUAAAACACUACCAAGAGGAAGAUUUCACAAACUUAGAGAAGCAAUGAGAGUUAAAGAGCAACACAUUAAGGUGAUGUGUUAAAAUUAUUGUGUUGUAAGCACCAAUAUCUUUAUUAUGCAUUAUGAAGGAAGUGUAACCAUCACAUUAUAAUUA